CAGUUCGGGGUUUUUUCUCUCUUUCAUAAUCUUGGUUUCCAUUUUCACAUUUAUUACAUCGAAACAUCGCAAGACCAUUCUCUAACCCCUCGGUUUGUUGUAUAACAAAACAGAGACUUAAAAAUAAAAAGCAACAUCAAACAUCAUUCCGCUGCUAGCUCCCGAUGGAACAAUUUUUUGGUAAUGUAAUUUUCGGAUAUUGAAUGUAAGCGUGAACAAACUGAACCCGAAAUGUCCAUUCAUUUGAUGUGCCUCACCUCCGACGGUGGGGUUCCAAUUUAUUCGAAAAAGAAGGGAGAAUGCGAAAAUGUAGUGCUAAAGAAUUCCGUUGAGACGCUCCGCAAACAAGGACGCUUGUAUUGGUAUCAAACCGGUACUUAACUAACAUGUUUUUAAGUAAGCUAUUACUAAUCUUACGUUGGAUGUUGACAGUUAACGCAAAUGCGUGAAAUAAUAAAGUAGUAGCACUGACGUACAACCUUUGAAAACACGAAAGCAGUUAACACAUCGCUGGAACUGGUACUCGCGAUAGAUCCAGCCGGUGCCUGUUCCUUCAUUUGUUAUACUUCCCAUAUGCAUAUGUAUACCUUUAGAAUCGCGUUGGUGACGGAACUAAAACCGGAAAUUCAGGGGUUGGUAACGGUAACCGUUCUCAAAUCCUGAAAGUCCUGAAAGUUUUACGGCACAUUACAGCUCCCGUUCUCGACGAUCGCUUCGCUCAAUGGGGUGCAUAUGUUUUGUAAAUCGCAGGGUGUGGACCUGUCAAUCACACAUCUGGAGGAGGGUAUGAUCAUCUGGAAGGAAUACGAUGGCACCCUGAUGAUGAUAGGCAUCGCCCGAGGCAUUACGGAGAAAGUUCUGAGGAACUUGCUGGAUUAUUCGUACCACGCCAUGGUGUUUUGCGUAGGUAUCGCUGCGAUCAAGAAGAUCAAAAACAUCGAUCGAUUCAAGCGGGAAUUGAAAAAUUGCUAUGCACUGAUCGACCAGUUGCUGGAAGUGGUGGAGAGUGACUUCUUCCGGUACAAUGAAGCAGUGCUGUGUUUGGAGAGUCUAACGAUGCUUGGAAAGCUGAACGAUUUUAGUGUUCAGAUUGGGUCUCCGUUCUGUUCAAUACUGGUGCGGCAGAAGGUGGCCUGUGGCACGGAAGGAUGGUGGGAUUUGGAUAUUGUUGAUCGGAAGCUGUUGAUGGUUCUGCUUGGAGCUUCAAGCACUAUUCAGCAAGAUGUUCCGGUUUUCCUGCCAAAGAAGAGUCCAAAUAUAGCCUACAGAUUUAUCAGUAUUCCCAUCACACAGGGUGUCAGCAUUUGUGCAUUGUGUGGAGCAGAACCUCCGUACGAUAAGCUACAAACUCUCAGCCAACAGUUUUGGAUGAGCGAAAUCGAUUUACUGAUAACGGUUGAGCAGAACUAUCCCAAAAACUACCCUUCUUCGAUCGAGCUGGAUCCCAGCAUAAUGGGAUUUCUUCUGUUGAACAAGGAACAUUCGAAAUUUGUGCUGACAAGAAAUGUUCAGCUGACCAAUACGGGAAAGAGGACUCCAUCCAGUAACCAUCGGUUGGAUAUUCUGAGAACGUUUUACCAUCAAUCCGUGGAAGCUAUGGAGGAUCUGUUCCGGGAAGGCGAGAAGGUGAUGAAUUUGGAGCAAUACUGGUGCUCGGAUUAUCACAAGUGUCAUGCCUUGAUCGAAGGACCAAACGUGCUGUGUGUACUGUACAAUUCUGCGAUCCCUACCCACAUCAUGAGAUUAGUAACACAAAAAACAUUGAACGCGCUAGUAUCGGAUAAGGAAGUUUGCUGGUAGAGUCCAUCCACCUUUGGCGGAAGGACUCCGGUUCUUCCUUCUUGAAGGUUUAUGUUUUAUUUUUGGUUUUAAACACCUACUCACGGAGUGAAAAAAUCUGUUCUCGGUUAUUGGAAUGACAUUGAUCUACUUGCUAAUAAACUUAAAGAACGGCAAAA